GGAGACGCGCGAGCAGCAAGAGUUCAUGCACGAGGUAGCGUUUGAGGCAGAACUUUCGUUCGGUUCGGCGCACGACCGCGGACAGGCGUUGCUCCCCGAGGGGUUUUGCAACGACAUGAGCGCGAAUCGGAGGGACUUUUUGAAGCUCUGGGAACAGGUAGAAAUUUGUACCAAAUUGAGCAGAUUUAUAUAGUUCUUUUUCCGGUCGUCAAGCAUGUGUGUGUGUGUGUGUGUGUACAACAAGAACAUGAAAACAUUUAUUCUUCAUUCAGGUCAAGCUCCGUCUCUCUGAAAAGAACCAGGAUUCUGC